GCAGCGAGCUUAAAGCCGAUUCUGAGGAGGCCCUUCCUCGACCCGAAGCAGUGGCAUGACUCCGUGGGCCUCUAAACCCAACGAGUUUUUCCCACUUACCAGCCCCGCCCAGCCCCUAACCCGGCGACGCUUGGGCGGGCAGGCGGGCCGUGGAAGCCGGGUCUCCACGUUCUGGUUAAGCCGCCCCGGUCUUCCGGGAGCAGCCCGUCUGAAGUUGACCAGAGCGCUGGUGGGAGGGCGGUACCCAGUCCUGGGUCUCACUGGUCCCCCACCCCUGCGCCGGGGCGGGGUGACCGAGCGCGGCGAGGGAGCGGCUUUAGGACCCAGGCGCAGCACGGGGGUGUGUCGCCAGCUCCCUCCGCUGGCCCGCCUGGGACGCCAAGUUUGGGGUGCAAAAGCACGGAGUGAGGAUCCCGGGAGUGUGCGCGUGGGUGCAGCCGUCCGGCCGCCGAUCUCCAGGGCCGCGACCACCAAGCACGUGUUCUAUUUCCAGCCUUGAGUCUCAUUUUACCUUCUGCGCGGAAGCCUACCCACCGGUAGUGGUCCCCGGACUCCUGACUGUCCCCUGCGCGGCUGUUAGCAGUCUCCAACGCGGCUUGGACACCCGAGAGCCAGCGCGGGGUUUGUACAAUAUUUACUUGCACGUGGGACUCUGGGGAUGGAAGUAGGGUGUGCACCGUAGCCACCCUUCCAGACCCUGGUCACCCUCGUCCUCUGUUCAUUUCUGCGGCCUCGGUUGCCAGUUUUACUGCCCCUGCUCCUUCCUCCUUUCUGGAUGCAGCCCGGGUUCCCACCCGCCCGCCCGCCCACCCUUCUGUCGGCAUCCUGCCUCCCCCUUCCACAGACCCCCAGGGUCUCCGAGUCUAGAGGCGCUUUCCUCUCGUGCGCGCGGCCCCUCUUGUGGCUUCCUUCCUGGCACAGCGCGGCACCAACAGCCGGGGCCCAGGGUGGGGAGCGCGCACAGCUCCCCCUUCCCAUCCCCCUUGAGGACCAACGGCUCCGCCUCCCAGGAGGCCCCGGGACUUGGCUGUGGCUCGAAUGGAAGAAGGCAACGAGAGGGAAGCCGUUGCCCCUCCGCCCCCGCGCUGGGGCGCGUGAAGUUGGGGGCAGCUACACGUGUGAUGGGUGUUGAUGGCCGUCCUUACGGACGUGAGAGUGAGAGGACCCAUGUGCGGGGAGAGUACAGGCGUGAGAGUGAGAGGACCCAUGUGCGGGGAGGAGGGCUUCAGCCCGGGUGCUGGGCUUGGCAGCAAAAGAACGGCAAAAGAAGGUGGUCGUCGACUACAAGGAGGGUAGAGGCGACUUCUCAAGACACCAGGCUACUGAGUGCUGCGAGCAGUGAAUCCCUCACUAUGUCACGGGAAAACUAUUCCAACAUGUCGCUGGAUGGAUCCAUUGAGGAUGUAGGCUACCUCAAGUGUGACACAGAUGAUGCCUCUGAAACCCAUGAGGAGAAGCUGGGGGAAGAGGCCUUCGACACGGUCAACUCCUCCAUUGUGUCUGGCGAGAGCAUCCGUUUUUUUGUCAACGUCAACCUCGAGGUGCAGCCCACCCAGGCUGCUGACAGUGAAUCGCUUGAUGGCUGCGGCCUCCUCCACACCUCCCGCAAGUACCUGAAGUUAAAGAACUUCGAGGAAGAGAUCCGCGCACAUCGGGACAUAGAUGGCUUCCUGGCUAGGGCCAGCAUCAUCCUGGACGAGCCGGCCACCUCGCUGGAUGACGUGCUGCGGGCCAUGGUGUUGCGCGUCGCCCGCGACCCCGACAACAUUGAGCCCAACUGCAACUUGGACCUGCUCAUGUCCAUGCUCUUCACGGACGCGGGGGCGCCCAUGGAGGUCCACCUGCUGUCGGAUACCAUCCAAGGAGUCACUGCCACGGUCACAGGGAUACAAUACCAGCAGUCGUGGCUCUGCAUCAUCUGCAUGUCCAAGUCCCUGCAGAAGCGGCACGUGUGCAUCAGCCGCCUGGACCGCCCGCAGAACUGGGGGGAGAAUUCCUGUGAGGUCCGCUUUGUCAUCCUGGUGCUGGCCCCACCCAAGAUGAAAAGCACGAAGACUGCGACAGAGGUGGGGCGCACCUUUGCCACCAUGUUCUUGGACAUCACCUUCCGCCAGAAGCUCCUGAGGACCCACACAGUGGAAGAAUUCAAGGAGGCCCUGGUCCACCAGAGGCAGCUGCUCACGAGCCAGGGUGUGUGCAACGGGAAGUACUUCAGCUCUAUCAGCCUUCAGAGGCCCGCCAAACAGCACCUGAAGUCCAAAGACUUCCUCCGUGUGGGGAAGGGCAUCCGAGAGGACUUCGCCUGCAGGUUCCCCGUGUACCCACUGGACUUCACUGAUGGCAUUAUCGGGCAGAACAAGGCAGUGGGCAAAUACAUCACCACCACCCUGUUCCUCUACUUCGCCUGCCUCCUGCCCACGAUCGCUUUUGGGUCCCUCAAUGACGAGAACACUGAUGGGGCCAUCGAUGUGCAGAAGACCGUGGCCGGGCAGAGCAUCGGGGGCCUCUUGUACGCACUCUUCUCUGGGCAGCCGCUGGUGGUGCUGCUGACAACUGCGCCCCUGGCCCUCUACAUCCACGUGAUCCGUGGCAUCUGUGACGACUACGAUCUGGACUUCAACACCUUCUACGCGUGGACGGGCCUGUGGAACAGUUUCUUCCUUGCUGUUUAUGCCCUCUUCAACCUCAGCCUGAUCAUGCGUGUCUUCAAGAGGUCAACAGAAGAGAUCAUUGCCUUGUUCAUCUCCAUCACAUUCAUGCUGGAUGCUGUCAAGGGCAUGGUCAAAAUCUUCCAGAAGUACUACUACACCAACACCCAAGCUGACUAUGACAUGGAUCGCCGUUCCCUGGUGAGCCUGCUGGGCCUCAGCACCAGCCUCAACGCCAGCUUCCAUACCGCCCUCAACGCCAGCCUCCUGAGCAGCCCGCCGGAUCUGACAGUGAGCAGCCAUCCUGAGCACCCGAGCCGGGACACUGCCGUGCUCAGCCUCCUGAUCAUGCUAGGCACACUCUGGCUGGGCUACACCCUCUACCAAUUCAAGAAGAGCCCCUACCUGCACCCUUACAUGCGGGAGAUCCUGUCAGACUGCGCCCUGCCCAUCUCGGUGCUCACCUUCUCCCUCAUUUGCUCCUAUGGCUUCCGGGAAAUUAAGAUGUCCAAGUUCCGCUACAACCCCAGUGAGAGCCUGUUUAAGAUGGCUAAGAUGCAGUCACUGUCCCUGGGGGCUAUUGGCAGUGCCAUGGGCCUCGGCUUCCUGCUCUCCAUGCUCUUCUUCAUCGAGCAGAACCUGGUGGCUGCCUUGGCUAAUGCACCAGAGAACAGACUAGUGAAGGGCACGGCCUACCACUGGGAUCUCCUGCUCAUCGCCAUCAUCAACACCGGGCUGUCUCUGUUUGGGAUGCCCUGGAUCCACGCUGCCUACCCCCACUCCCCGCUGCAUGUGCGGGCACUGGCUCAGGUGGAGGAUCGUGUGGAGCACGGACACAUUUGUGAGACGAUCGUGAGCGUGAAGGAGACUCGGCUGACCAGCCUGGGUGCCAGCAUCCUGGUGGGCUUCUCCCUCCUGCUGCUGCCCUUCCCACUGCAGUGGAUCCCCAAGCCUGUGCUCUACGGCCUCUUCCUCUACAUCGCCCUCACCUCCAUCGAUGCCAACCAGCUCUUUGAGCGUCUGGCCCUGCUGCUCAAGGACCAGGCCUCAUACCCACCCACCCAUUACAUCCGGAGGGUGCCCCAGAGGAAGAUACACUACUUCACGGGGCUGCAGGUCCUGCAGUUGCUGCUGCUCUGCGCCUUCGGCAUGAGCCCCCUGCCCUAUAUGAAGAUGAUCUUUCCCCUCAUCAUGAUCACCAUGAUCCCCAUCCGCUACAAGCUGCUGCCCCAAAUCAUUGAAGCCAAAUACCUGGACGCCAUGGAUGCUGAGCACUGACUGGCAGGCCCUGGCACACCCUGUUCAUCUGUUCCUCCAGGUCUUCCUAGCCUGGCUGUGCCUUGUCAUGGGGAGGUGUUGGUGUCUUGGAGUGCUGCGCUGUGCUGCAACCCCUCCCAGCUGUCCCGACAGGCCUAGGGCAUCUGUGCCCCGUGGGGGUUCUGUGGUGUGUGCAUGCACCGCCCAUUGCCCUUUGCUUUGGGUGAAACACUGCUCAGGACAGCCUCUGCCCAGGGUGGAACUAAGCAGGACGGAUUUUCUUUUGAUAAAAGAGUCAGAUGCCUGAGAGAGAAACCAUUUCCUUGAUUGUGUAAGGAAUUCACUAUAUGCACGUUAGAGAAUAAAGUUCCUGUUUCUAUGCUUCUA